AUGCGGGGCUCCGAUCAGUCUAUGGGCGCGCGCAAGUCCUACUCGCUAGUGGACACCACGCCUGCCAAGACCAUCCUGGUGUACCGCAAUGGGGACCAGUUUUACGUGGGCAAGAAGUUCGUGCUUUCGCGGCGCCGCGUGGCCACCUUCGAGGUGUUGCUGGAGCAGCUGACCCAGCAGGUGGAAGUGCCUUUUGGGGUGCGGCGCCUCUACACCCCCACGCGUGGGCGCCGGGUGCUGGAGCUGGAAGCCCUGCAGAGCGGUGGCAAGUAUGUGGCGGCCGGCAGAGAACACUUCAAGAAGCUGGAUUAUGUUAAUAUAGCUACCAGGAAAUCUCCAAAGAUGAGAAAGUUAAAGGAAAUCAAACCAGUGGUACAUUCUGAUAUAAAUGUACCUUCUAGGUGGCAGUCGUAUCAGCGUUUAUCCCGUCACAUAAAUGUUUUCACAAAUGGAACAUUACGUAUCCCACCUGUAAAGAUUAUUAUACCCAGAUUUACAAUUCAGGAUUGGAAUAAUGUGCUGGCCACAGUUGGAGAAAAAGUCUUUCCUUUUGGAGGUGUUCAAAGAUUAUUUACAUUGACUGGGGAUCUUUUGGAUAACUCAAAAGAAUUGCAAGACAACCAAUUUUAUGUUGCUGCAGGACUGGAUUCCUUCAAACAUUUUUCUUAUUGGAAGUCCCCAAAGGUUCCUAAAGAGGUCCAAGAAGAGUAUGCAGACAUCUAUAAACAUCGAAGAAAGAAGAAGGAGGAGAAUAAAGAAAAAGAAGCUCAUAAACUGGACAAAAUUACCUCUAAAGCACAUGGUUCUGUUUACUAUGCCAAAGAAACAAAUAAGAGAACACAGAUACAACCUUUACUCAAAAGAGGAGCAGAAAGCAAUGUCUAUGAAGCCAAGACUCCAAACUUGGAAACUCAAGGGGCUCAGGAAGUUAAGGAUGACAAAAAUUUGCAGGUGGAGGUGCCUGUGGAUCAGAAACCAACUGAGAUGGUUAUAGAGGAAGAAAUAAUUGAGCAACCUUCUUCUGAAUACAAGAUCCCAUCUGCAAUGAUGAUAGAAGAUACAGGGAUAAAUGACAAAACCAAUUCUGAAAACAAGACCCCAUCUGAAAGCAUCAUAAAGAAGUCAGAGAUAAAGGGACAGUCUAUUUCUGUAGACAACAAGAAUCCAUCUGAGAACAUUAGAGAAUAUUCAUGGAUAAACGGCCAAUCUUUUACUGAAGACAAGACUCUAUAUGAGAUAAUUAGAGAAUAUAAAGAGACUAAUGACCAAUUUGAUUGUGAAGACAAGAUCCCAUCUGAGAUCAUUGCAGAAGAUACAGGUACUAAUGACCAAUCUUCUUCUGAAGAUAACAAGACAACAUCAGAGAUUAUAACAGAAGAUGAAGGGAUAAGCAGUCAGUCUGGUUUUGAAGACAGCAAGCCAUCCCAAGAGCAGAUAUAUGAUGAAGAAGAAGCCUCUGAAGAAGUAUCACUGGGUCAGUCAUCCCAAGAACAUGUACUUGCCAUAAUAGUACCCCUUGAACAGUCAUCUAUGGACCAAUUGUCCCAAGAACAGAUGCCUUACACAGAAGAAUUCUUUGAACAAUCCUCUAUGGGUGAACCAUCUAGAGAACAGGUACCUGACAUAGAAGAACCCCUUGAACAGUCAUAUAUGAAUCAAUUGUCCCAAGAACAGAUACCUGACACAAAAACAUCCCUUCAACUUUCAUCCAAGAGGCGGUCAUCCCAAGAACAGAUUUCUGACAAUAAAGAAACCCAUAAGUUUUGA